AUGCCCACUAUUCCGGACAGAGCGCAAACAGAAGACUCGACGAGCUUCAGCCCGGACGCAUACUUUGACGCGUGGGAGAAGGGCGACAUCACAGCACCGUACGACAAUGACUUCCGCAAGUUCAUUCUGACCACCUUCGGCCUUCCUAAAGACGAUACAUACACGUACGCCGCCGUCGCCGAGGUCACUCUGCUCCAAGCCCAGACUUAUGUCGAAUUCGGCGGCCAGGGCGGAUUACACGCCUGGUACAGAGACGACCAGGGCAAACCAAAAGCCCUCGUUGGUCUGGCUUCAAAUGCGAAGAAAGACUCGAUUCGUGCCUCAAUCGGUCAACACCUGCAAAGCCUAUACCAACCUCCUUCACCCGACCGCAAAAUAGUCAUAUCCAAGCUGAAGAAAGAACACACAAAUCCUUACCUUGAUGUCUGGGCCUGGUCAUGUCAGAACCUCGAAUGGGCUGGUCCCGAGGAUGCCACGAGCAAGGUCCGCUUCUCGCAUGCCAUUCUGCCAAUCCUAUACCACCACUUUGGUUGUGUCUGUCCGUCUUACGAGUCGCUCUCUAUCAUCUACCAGCUUGCAAAGGGUCGACCCGUCGUUGAUCUGGGCAGCGGAAAUGGCUAUUGGUCAUACAUGCUGAGAGUCUUCAACAAGCAGAAGCCUCUGACUGUUGUUCCCGUCGAUAAUGGUAUCAGUGAGUGGAGGACUGUUUGGGUACCUGACACCAAUCAGAUUGAUGGUGUUGAAUACCUCAAGAAGAACAACGACGGCAAGGACCAGGUCUUGUUGCUAGUCUACCCUCAGGUCGGCCUCGAGUUCACAUCCAAGAUUCUCAGAGCAUACAAGGGCGACACCAUCAUCUGCGCGGGUACUCAAAACUCAAAUGGCUACACUGCCUUUGCCAAAGAGACCAUUGCAGAUUGGAUCGCUAGAGAAAUGCCCGUGUUUGAGAAGGUUUGCCAGAUUCCGCUACCCAGCUUUGCUGCCAAGGACGAAGCUCUCUUUGCGUUUCAGAGGAAAGCUUCAUGA